CUCGGGCUCGGACAUUCUUAAAGGGGCCGCGGCAACAACAGCAGCUUAGGCGGGUCGUUGCAAGAAAACAAAACAAGACAGUACAGUAAGCCGAAAGCGGGGUGCAGCUGGAUAGAAGGUUUUUCAAAUCCAGCCCCGUGAAUAUUUCUAGUUCCUCAACUUUGGUUGCAGAUCCGUUCCUAAAUUCUGGAGGACUUGGAACCUGUUCAAUGGAAAGGGGGUGAAUGUGUUUGCCACCCUGAGAUGCGUCCCUCUGGGAUGUGGAUGUAGGAUGUUAGAACAUCAAGUAGAAGAGGAACUGACCACUGUGCGUGUCCAAGAUCCUCGUGUCCAGAACGAGGGCUCCUGGAACUCUUAUGUGGACUACAAAAUAUUCCUCCAUACCAACAGCAAAGCCUUUACAGCCAAGACAUCCUGUGUACGCAGACGGUACCGUGAGUUCGUGUGGCUGAAGAAACGGCUGCAGAAAAAUGCCGGCUUGGUGCCUGUCCCAGAACUUCCAGGGAAGUCCACCUUCUUUGCAGGCAGCACUGAUGAAUUCAUUGAGAAGCGGAGGCAAGGGCUUCAGCAGUUCCUGGAGAAGGUGGUACAGAAUGUUGUGCUCCUUUCGGAUAGCCAGCUGCACCUCUUCCUCCAGAGCCAGCUCUCUAUACCAGAGAUUGAAGCUUGCGUUCAGGGUCGGGGCUCUCUGAGCGUCACAGAUGCCAUUCUCCAUUACGCCAUGUCGAACUGUGGUUGGGUGCAGGAGGAGGACAGCCAUUCCGCUCUGCUGGCCAAAGGGGACUUCAGCAGCAGGAUGUGGCAAAUCCUUCCACGAUGUGAAGAAUUUUAUGUGAAGCAAUGAUGAGGAAACACGCAGCACGACAUCAAGAAAUUGGCUACAUUUUACUACACAUUACGGCGCAGGGAGAACUCAAUACAAAACUUCUGCUUUUGCUGGUAGCCCUGUAUUUCUCAUCAUGUACAGCUCUGCCCUCACUAUGAAUGGAAAGAAUCACUACACAUGCUCAGAGGCACUCUUUUUUUCAUGUACUUAGUUUUCUCCAGAGUAGAGCCCUGGCACCAGGGCCGGCCCACACAUGAGGCAAGGUGCAGUGACGGCCCACUGGGGCAGCAGAUCCCAAUGUUGACCUCCCCCUCACACCUUUGUUCCUGAUGUAGAUCUUCCCUCGUCCCUUCUUCCCUAGUGGGAAAGGGGUGCUAUUUUGGGGUCUGCCUCAGGUGCCAAAAUGUCAUGGGCUGGCCCUGCUUGGCACGGAAAACAGAUUCUGGCUCCUGACUAAGUCUCGGGGUUUGGAGGCAAACUCUUUUCUCUAUAGUGAGACAUUACCUGUUUUAAAACAAAAGGCUGGCUCCACACCCCACCUUGCCAACGCUGAUCUAGCAAUAUUUACUCCUCAACCCCAACUUAGCUCUAGUUACAGUCCAAGCGCCUCGUAAACAACCCCGAUCCUACUUUGGCGAUGUAGUUAAUCAGCCCCAGUCGCUCACAGAAGAUCAAUGGCGGGAUGAUGGAUGCCCGAGGAGAAAAGCCAAAAUCAAUCACAGGCUUAUCGGUAUAUGAUUGCUUGGCCCCAUUAUUAGUGCCGGAGCAUCAUACAUUAUUGUUAGUAAAAUGGAGGCCUCUAAUUCAUAGGUGAGCUGUGUCACGCAUUAUUGGAGGGUCGCUUGACAUGGGAGGGUUUUAUAUUGGGUCGCUGCAGACAUCUGUUUACCUCAAAAACUGGCCCAGGGCUGAAAGCUGGCUCAGAACAAAAUUUAGGGCUUAACACUGGAAAGGAAGAAACCUGAGCACAGUGGCCAGUUUUUGAGAAUGAAAGAGAGGUGCUAGGGUCUGAAUGUCCCCCAGGAAAUGCAGUGACAGCUCAAGAUGUUUCUCCUGUGCUAAUGUGCAGCUCCCGCCCCGCCCCCGUCAUUUCAAAGGGACUUACAUAGAGAAACUUCCCUGUAGGUAGUGCUCUAUGAAUGAGACCUCUCUGUCUCUUUAGUGCCCAAAACCUAUUUUCUGAGAUGACAGCCUACGUUGCCUCAUGGUCAGGCAGAAAGUCAUGACAUGGCCUCUGCCAUGGAAGUCUAGCCUUCUUAAUCCUUGAUAUCGGGGUCAGGAAGGGGCCCCAUCUCUUCAUAGGAGCUUGUACUUUCCUUCCAUUUCCUCCAGGAUAUCAGGAACUCCUGCAACUAGGGAAGGAGUUGCUUUUGUCUACUCCCAAGAGGAGAAGAGUGUGGAACCUCACAGUGUGGAGAUGGGGUGCAGAAGGGAGAGAGAAGAUCUGGGAAAUUACAGAGUGGCCAGUCUGACUUUGAUACCUUGGAACACACUAGAACAGAGGAAAAAGGGGUCAGUUUAUAAUCAUCUGUGUAACAAUGUAGUGAUAAGUGAUUUUAAUUGGGUUAUAAGCUUAGUAGAUUGUGGGAAUGUAGUGGACAUAAUUUAUCUUUAUUUCAGCAUAGCAUUUGAUAAUGUUCCCCAUGAUAUUUGGUUAGCAAACUGGUUAAAUGCAGGGUAUACAAUAAUCCCAUCAGGUGGAUCCAGAGCAGGAAAAACCGAGCAUGUUCAUCAAUGGUUUCUCAUCAACCUGGGUCAUGUUUUUGAGCAUGGUACCACAAGGAUCUGAGCACAAGCACACUAUUCCUUCCUGUGGUUUCCAGCAACUGAUAUUCAGAAGCACUGCUGCCUCUGACUGUGAAGGCAGAACAUAGCCAUUGGGGCUAGUAAUCACCUUCACAGAAUAACUGGUCACAGUACUGCAGAUAAGGUCUGACCAGUGCAGGAUAAAAUGAUUUUUUUAAAAGACUUGGAAACUAUGGUGCUACUAAUGCAGCCUAAAAUUGUAUUAUUAUUAUUAUUAUUAUUAUUAUUAUUAUUAUUAUUAUUAUUAUUAUUUGGCAGCUUCACACUGCUGAUCCAUGUUCAGCUUGUGAUUGAUUAUAAUUCUGAGAUCUAAUCAAAUGUUUAUUAUUAUGGUCAAUGACCAGAUCCUGAGAUCCUUUUUGUAUGCCUGCCAAGCCAGAUGUCCCCCACACUAUCCUUGUGCAUUUGAUUUUUUUUAAAAAUUGUCUAUAUUGAAUUUCCUUUUGUUAAUUUCAGCCCAGUUUUCCAUUGGCACCACACUUUUAAAAAGGACGCAGACAAACUUGAAUACUUUCAGAAGAGGGCAAAAGUUGUACAAUGAAAGGUUGAGGGAACUGGGUGUGAUUAGCCAGGUGAAGAGAAGACUGAAGGCAGAUAUGAGAGUAAACUUCAAAUCUCUGAAGGGUUCUCUUAUAGAACAGGGUACUUAUUUUCCGCUGCCCCAGUGGGCAGGACUAGUUCUAAUGGGCUUACAUUACAGAUGGUAGAUUUCAGUUAAACAUUAGGAGAAACCUCUCAACAAUAAGCACAGACAAAUGAAGACUGGGAAUCCAAGGGACCUAAUGAGACCCUCCAGACUUUUCUAUCUGUUCCUUGGGACUUUUCCUAGGUCACACCUCUUAAAGGCUCUGCUCUGCUGGAGUGUGUUUUCCCUUCAGACCAGUGUGCCUGAUAGACUACAAUAUGGAUAUGCAGCUGCUCUGAGAGCUUUAAAGGAGGUAGAGGGACAUGAUUGGUUUUCUGGCAUUACCUGAUUCCAUGGACCAGGAAUGUAUUAUUUGCAUCUUGUGUGGAAUUGUCUGAAGUUCCUCCCUCUGAACAGCUGUAUGGGUGAUGCAUUCCUGUUCUAAUUGGUGCUUGAACGAGUGCUUAAUUUCUGACUAUAUGUGAUUAUUUCUCACAAACACCUGUAUCUCAGAGUGAACUCAGUUGUUUUAACUUCUAAGUGCUGAAGACCAGUUGUGAAGUGCUGGCGGACAAAACACGUUCUAUAAACUAACACUGGACAUAUCUGGAGAGUGCUUAGUUCAAUAUGGGCACUUCACAUCAGAGUUGUGAUUAGACAGUUGGCAGGCACAAGUGUCACUGAUCAUACCUUUUCCUAUGGAUACAAAAACAAUUCAAUGGCACAUAGAUUCCCCCAAGGAUUCAUACCAUGAAUGUUAUAUCUAGUCAUAACAUUAAUGUCAUAACAGGAGUGUAUGGAGUGUUAGGGGAGGGUACUGCUUCUGGUGGGGGACAUGUUGUGCUCCUUCUGGGGUAAUU